CAAAGAGUAGCAAAGAGUGACAGACCAAAUUGAAUAGCUCUUAAUAUUCCUCCCGCGGAAAAGUACCUAAGUGCACAGAGUGUCAGUUGCUAGUUGCUUCCCAAUUCACCGGCCUUAUAUGCACUCAUCCAUCCUGAGCCAUCGCUUGGUAUAAGACUAUACCUGGCUGUUUAGACUAUUUACAAUCGAGUUUUGGUCAAGUAUUAGCUGGCGUAAACUGUAUUGGCCUUCUUUAGUGUAACAAUAUUGAGUCGAAUAGACGACCAAGCUUGCGAUAGAUAUCAGUCUAUUUUGUUUACAGAAUUUGUUCGAGUAAGGCGACAUUACAGUACACAUAUAUAUACACAGUCUCCGACAUCAUCUGUAGCCAGUUACUGGAAAUACAAUUAGUCACCUUGGCAUAUUCACAAUGAAUCAACUACCGGAUGAGAACGAUCUCCGAGGCUCCUCGCCCUUCAAGGAAGCCUCCAUGACCGAUCCAAACGGUUCUGUAGCUGGGUCUAUCCCUGAGCAGUUCUCGCAUGCACUCGCACUUGCCAGUGCAGUUGCUUUGGUGCCACCUCAGGAGCCUGGAAGUGUGGUAGUGGUUCCUCAGCAGCAACAACAGGUGCAGCAACAAGCCCAGCAACAGCUGAUGCAGCAACAUCAGGAGGCCAACCGUGAUCAAGUGUCGCAGUCUUAUGACCAGGCGCAGCGAGAACUGAUGCUACACUCGCAGCAACAACAUCAGCAACAGCAACAGCAACAACAACAACAACAACAACAACAACAACAACAACAACAACACCAACAAGCACAACAACAAGCACAACAACAAGCACAACAACAGCAGCAACAGCAACAGCAGGUGCAACACCAUCAGCAGCAGCAAUUGGCUAUCCAGGCACCAUCCCAACCCCAGCAGCAGGUGCCCAUACAGCCUCCUCAGCACGUUCAACCGCACGUCGGUCGGAAGCAAGCACGAAUGGUAGGGCGACCGCAAGCCAGUGUACGUAUGCACACAACCGAGACAGAAACCAAGACGGCUUGUGUAUACUGUGACACACAGUACGCGAAACGUACCAGCGCCGCCCGAUGGGAGGAGCAUCUGGCCUAUUGCGAGAAGGCACCUACAGAUGUGAACAUUGAGUUCCGGGUAAAGAACAACCUGGAUGAAACUCCGGGCAAGCGCAAGAGGGGUGCGCACAGGAAUAGUGAGGACGAUGGCAUGGGCGGUGUACUGGCGCUGGCGGACCCUGUAAGGAAGAAGAAGACGCACUUCACUUCAAAUGUUAAAAUGUCGCGACCGCAUGAGAGUUUGUUGCCCAAGGGGUGGCAAUCAAAGGUCACCGAUUGGUUGAAGGAGGACGCCCCAACUUUUGAUUUUGGAGGAUUUGUUGUUGGGACCAAACCCGAGGAAGCGAGUCUGUAUUGUAAAUCAAAGGGAGUGCUAGCCGGCGUACCAUUCUUUGAUGAGGUCUUUCGCCAAUGUCAUUGCUUAGUCAAAUGGGAGUACACCGAGGGCGACUUUCUCGAUCCCACAGAGUUUCCACACGGCAGGUUUGUCGUUGCAAAAGUGAGAGGUGCCGCCAGAGAUCUUCUUAUGGGUGAGAGAGUAGCCUUAAAUAUGCUGGCCCGUGCAAGUGGGAUUGCUACGGCGGCACGCAAACUAUCGGAAAUCAAACGUCUGCACGAAUGGAAGGGACAAGUAGCGGGGACCAGGAAAACAACGCCCGGGUUUAGAUUGGUAGAGAAGUACGCCAUGCUGAUCGGUGGGUGCGAUACGCAUAGAAUGGACUUAUCCAGUAUGAUCAUGCUGAAGGAUAAUCACAUCUGGAGCCAGGGAUCUAUAUCACAGGCUGUAAAGAAGGCGAAGAGUGUGGGCGGGUUCGCGAUGAAGAUCGAGGUCGAAUGUCAGAGUGUGGACGAGGCGAGGGAAGCCCUGAAUGCUGGGGCGGAUAUUGCUAUGUUAGAUAACUUCCAACCACCCGCGCUCACAACUGCAGCCGCAACGCUGAAAGCUGAAUAUCCACAUAGACUGAUCGAAGCCAGUGGAGGCAUCACAGAACAAUCAAUUGCGAACUACUUUUGCAAAGAUGUGGAUAUUAUUAGUUUGGGUUCCAUGACUCAGGGUGUCGCGUUUGUAGAUUUCAGUCUGAAAGUACGGCACUGAUGCGGUCACGAUACGAUUCAUAAUAUGUUCCAUCCCAGUCACAAUUCACCAAUGAGUGCACGGUCUUCGAAGCUUGGAAGCCUAAUCGUGCAGAGCCACGGACAUCCUUGGAAGAACUCUUAUGCAUAAACCUUGGCAUGUGAAAGUAUUGUACGUAUGUGUAUUCGCAAGUUCGCAUUCAGAGACCAUCCCAGCGGCUAGGAGAUGACGGGCACAUAGUAGGUCAUUGAGACCUCAUGGCUCAGCAGGAACAGUAUGACCGCCCGGUGUGGAACUAUACCUGUGGUUUUGGGUAGUACCACGGGGGAAAUCGAAGGAAUGUCAUAUGUUAGCAUAUGUGAAUGAGAGCUGAAACCACACCUGUCUACGGGAAGAUAGUGAGAUAAUUUUUAUAAACACAGCGUGAGCGGGAACACUAUUCAUGCUCUGAACUCGCGUCUGCCUUAUAUCUACGUACAUGACAUAGUGCAAUGGUCUGCCAGGCAGGCAUGUAUGUAGUCGAAUGAAGUAUGGGUUUGAGCCAGGGCCAUCCCUAUAUUGCACUUAAACCACACAGCGGUGAGAACAACAACGGCUGAUGUGGGAAUAAUUUAGUAAGGACCACCGAUUCGUAACAUCUUUGUUUGAAUAAAACGCAGAAAAUUAUAUAUUG